AGACCCCGGACUGAGUGGGGCCCGGGCAGAAGCUGAGCACCCUGCGCCCGAGGAGCCCCUGUUGGCCUGGGGGGGCUGAGGGACUGAGCCCCCCAGAGCAGGACCUCCCCCUGGAAGGGCCGCGCCGCAGCCCGUGGGAGGGCCUCGCCCCUGGCGCCCCCCAUCUCCACUCGCCGCCGUCCCGGCCUCCGCCGGAGGGAGGGGCCGAGCGCCCUCGGGGGGCCGUGGACCCCGGCGUUCUGAGCGUUCCGCGCCCCGCGCCGCCCGGCCCCCCCGCCGCCGAUGGCCGCCGACCCGCCGGGAGCUGCCGAGAAGGGAGAGAUGGCUCCCGGGACACGUGUGAGCCCUCGGCGUUGCUGACGCCCCCAAUGUCGUCGAGCAGCCGGGGGCCGGGGGCCGGAGCGCGCCGACGCCGAACCCGCUGCCGCCGCUGCCGGGCCUGUGUGCGAACUGAGUGCGGGGACUGCCACUUCUGCCGAGACAUGAAGAAGUUCGGGGGGCCCGGGCGCAUGAAGCAGUCGUGCCUGCUCCGGCAGUGCACUGCCCCCGUGCUCCCACACACAGCUGUGUGCCUCUUAUGUGGGGAGGCUGGGAAGGAGGACACAGUGGAGGGAGAGGAAGAGAAAUUUGGUUUGAGCCUCAUGGAGUGUACAAUCUGCAAUGAGAUCGUCCACCCUGGCUGCCUGAAGAUGGGGAAGGCUGAGGGUGUCAUCAAUGCGGAGAUCCCUAACUGCUGGGAGUGCCCUCGAUGCACCCAGGAAGGCCGGACCAGCAAGGAUUCAGGUGAGGGACCAGGCCGCCGCAGGGCUGACAACGGCGAGGAGGGCGCCAGCCUGGGGAGUGGAUGGAAGCUGACGGAGGAGCCGCCGCUUCCACCACCCCCACCCAGGCGCAAGGGCCCCCUACCUGCUGGGCCCCCCCCAGAGGACGUGCCUGGGCCCCCCAAAAGAAAGGAGAGGGAGGCAGGGAAUGAGCCCCCCACCCCAAGGAAAAAGGUGAAAGGAGGCCGAGAGAGGCACCUGAAGAAGGUGGGUGGAGAUGCCUGCCUCCUCCGAGGAUCGGACCCAGGCGGCCCCGGCCUUCUGCCCCCCAGGGUUCUGAAUCCAAGCCAGGCUUUCUCGUCCUGCCACCCUGGGCUCCCUCCCGAGAACUGGGAGAAACCAAAGCCGCCUUUGGCCUCUGCUGAGGGCCCGGCAGUGCCGUCCCCAUCGCCACAGAGGGAGAAGCUAGAACGUUUCAAGCGCAUGUGCCAGCUGCUGGAGCGGGUGCCUGACACCUCCUCGUCCUCCUCAGACUCGGAUUCUGACUCCGACUCUUCAGGCACAUCGCUGAGUGAGGAUGAGGCCCCUGGCGAGGCCCGGAAUGGGCGACGGCCAGCCCGGGGCAGCUCGGGCGAGAAGGAGAACCGCGGGGGGCGGCGGGCUGUGCGCCCUGGCAGUGGGGGGCCCCUCCUCAGCUGGCCCCUGGGCCCCGCCCCACCGCCCCGGCCCCCACAGCUGGAGAGGCACGUGGUACGGCCCCCACCUCGAAGCCCUGAGCCCGACACGCUGCCUUUGGCUGCUGGAUCCGACCACCCCCUGCCCCGUGCCGCCUGGCUUCGUGUCUUCCAGCACCUCGGGCCCCGAGAGCUGUGCAUUUGCAUGCGAGUCUGCCGGACUUGGAGCCGCUGGUGCUAUGACAAGCGUCUGUGGCCUCGAAUGGACCUGAGCCGGCGAAAGUCACUGACCCCGCCCAUGCUCAGUGGUGUGGUUCGUCGCCAGCCCAGAGCCCUGGACCUCAGCUGGACAGGUGUCUCCAAGAAGCAGCUCAUGUGGCUUCUGAACCGACUGCAAGGCCUGCAGGAGCUGGUGCUCUCCGGCUGCUCCUGGCUCUCCGUCUCUGCCCUGGGCUCAGCCCCACUGCCGGCCCUGCGGCUCCUGGACCUUCGCUGGAUUGAGGAUGUUAAAGACUCCCAGCUGCGUGAGCUGCUGCUGCCUCCACCAGACACCAAACCAGGGCAAACAGAGAGCCGUGGGCGGCUGCAGGGGGUAGCAGAGCUGCGCCUGGCGGGCCUGGAGCUGACAGAUGCCUCCCUGCGGCUCCUCCUGCGCCACGCACCCCAGCUGAGCGCCCUGGACCUGAGCCACUGCGCCCACGUCGGAGAUCCCAGUGUCCACCUACUCACAGCCCCCACUUCCCCACUCCGGGAGACCCUGGUGCACCUCAAUCUUGCUGGUUGCCACCGCCUCACGGACCACUGCCUCCCGCUGUUCCGCCGCUGCCCGCGCCUCCGCCGCCUAGACCUGCGCUCCUGCCGCCAGCUCUCACCUGAAGCUUGUGCCCGGCUGGCAGCCGCUGGGCCCCCUGGCCCCUUCCGCUGCCCAGAGGAGAAGCUACUUCUCAAGGACAGCUAGUUGGGUGCCCCCCCCACCCUCCCCCAGGACUCAUCAGGAGCCUGGACCUCGGGCCUUCAUUUUAUCCCUGCCAGGAGGCCAGGUUACCCACCUCAUGACUUGGGAUUCCUGCCCAGGGACUCGAGCCAGCCUCCCCCUCUUUCUGCCCCCUGCACUGAUAUCUCUGGGGGUCUCUCCUUCCCAUCCCCUCUCCCUUCCACCUGCUUCAUUGUCCAUCCCCUGGGGGGAGUGGGUCAGAGGUACUGGGGGUUGCUGAGCCAAAGGGAUGGUGGGAGGGGGGUAAGGUGCAAGUUUGAGGGAGGGAAAUCGGGGAAAGGGUAUCUGCACACAGGAUACUGGGAGCCAGGGGGCUGGGGGAGGUG